AUCAGAAACGCUCAAGCGUGUGAGGUUGAGAUGUGAGGUGGCGUGAGCUGCCAUAGAUGGUAUCUGACCCAGAGAAAAGUUUUAUGUUGGUAACAUAUGUUAGCAAAGUUCCGUUAGAAUGAAUGGAGCAGCGUAUUCAAAUUUCGAUAACCAGGAACACAUUCUUAAAUUAGGUGAAACGUUUGAAAGACAACCAAAGAGUGCAUUCCACACUGUGCGAUAUGACUUCAAACCAGCUUCCAUUGACACUGCGUGUCAGGGGGAGCUUGAGGUGGGGAAGGGGGAACAGGUGACCAUAACGCUGCCAAAUCUGGAGGGCUCAACGGCUCCUGUAACCGUGUUCAAAGGCUCAAAAAGGCCUUACAUGAAGGAAUGCAUCCUAAUCGUGAACCACGAGACGGGCGAGUACCGUUUGGAGAAGCUCAACAGCAACAUCGCGGUCAAGAAGACCAGGGCUGAAGGUAGCAGCAAGAUCCAGUCACGCCUGGAGCAGCAGACUAGCCGACUGAGCCAGCAGAUGAAGACUGGGGGCAGUGGCAGCAAUAAGACCACGCCAGGCUCCAGGAGCUCCCCCCCCAAAGAGAAGAUGUCCCCCGCGUCUCCCAUGGAUGACAUCGAGAGAGAGCUCAUGGCGGAGGCGCGUGAGCUCGACCAGAUGAGCAGCGGCAGCAGCUCCUCCGACUCCAAGAGCUCGUCAAGCAGCGAGGACAGCUCCAGCUCCAGCAGCAGCGACUCCGAGGACGAGGCCCGGCACCCCCCCGGGCCUUCUGUGGGCACUCCUGCUUCAGGCCCCGCCCACAGCAUGCCCAUCGUGACCACCUCUCACUCCACACGCUCAGAGGAGGGCGGGGCCCAUAUGAUGAGCACGCUCAAGAGAGACCUGCAGCUGAGCGAGUCGGGCAGCGAGAGUGACGAGGACUAAACCCCAAAGCAAGGAGGGAGUUAGGUGAGCGCUCUGAGCAGUUCAAGGUCAGAGGUCGAGCUGGGAAACGAUGCCUGCAUGAGACUGCCUGUUUAAUGGCCCCGGCACCUUCUACUUGUACGAUUUGCCCAAAUUUUUAUUUUAUGUUUUUUUUUUUUUUUUUGCAAUUCAGCACUAUGUAUUUGUGCCUUGGGGAAAAAAAGGUGGAAAUUGAAGACAGCAUGUAAGGACAUGAAAAUUGUCAGUGACUUUUCACCCAUGCAAGAGGAACUGGAGCGUGGAUGGGCAGUUUUCCAAGGCCUGCCAGUUCAGAGAUUGCAUUUGGGACUUUAAGUUUUCAACAGUUUUUAAUUUAUCACACUCACUACUGUCUUCUAUUGACAUAACUUGGCCCCCUGUUGCUGUAAAAGAUUUGUUGAACUGGGCAAUGCGUACGCAAUCCAGUUUUCGCAAUGAUCUUAACUAUAUUCAUUUCCAAGCAUCAUCUUAUUUAAAAUGAUAUUAAGGGAGUUUUUAGUGCCUGAUGUUAAUGGCAACAUAUCAGGGGUUGUUUAGAGAAAAAGUGCACCAGGCAAAGUAAAUCUGAGAAAUAAAAUUUAUGAUCAUCUCCAUGUUGGUGAGUUAAUGCAUGUGCUGCAGAAGACUGUGGCCUUGGGCUGGACAUGAGCAGUGGGCUUGUGCUUUGAUUUAAUAUAACUGACAUUGUCAGAUGGGGCCAAUGGACACCACAUUGACACGGUAUAAUGGACCAGUGGGACCUGUGGCACAUACAGGUGGCUAAGCUGCUGGGGGUGUCAGUCUCUUCUGACUGCUUCAGACACACGAGUGGAAAGCAGAUGCACUGAGGAGGCACCAGAGACCUGAGGUGGAAUCUUUGCCCAUCCUCAGCCUUUCCUGACCUUUCUUUAGUUUGGGGUCUCUCAGUCAUCCUGAUUUACAUUACAGAAGGAAAUUUAGUAGUCAGCUGAAAUGAUCCUGGUGGUUGGACUGGUGGGUCUGAUUUUAGCAAGAGUGGAACUAAUGAUAAAAGGAAUCGGUGCAUAGAUUAAAGUAGGCCCGUAUACGGGCCAGUUUAUUUAAAAUCUGAGGAAUAAAGCCAGGUUGCCAAAGCUAUUGGUAGAUGACCUGCAAAUCAUUGAUUUAUAUUCUGUUGACGUGUGAGAUAAUCCACGUUUAAAGGUCACGAAGGGUUUUUUUCCUGCUCUUCGCUGGCAGACUGUCAGGGUGAGCAUUUCCCUCGGGUCUGUCCUCCUGCUUCUCACGCUGCUCCUGUCAUCCCUCGUUCGCCUGAGCUCUGUGGCUGCCGCUGUCCUGUAUGUGUGUCACCCAUAUUUUGCUAAAAGUGGCUUGUAUCCCCGGUGUUUCCAUAAGAAGUGGAUCUGGAACUGCAUGUGUUUCUGCCACACCUCUGACAGCAUCCUGAGUCCAGUCUGGAUGGACAGAGCGAGGUUUAAAAUACCUCGUGCAAAUCGCGUAUCACGUGACCGAGCCACAUGACAGUGUGUGAAAUGUUGACAGAAUAUGUAUGAAAGGAUAAAGCUUUUUGUCUAGAAAUGUCACUGAGUUGUUUUUAUGUUUUCCAACCUAUAUGUGUAUAUAAAGUUGUGCAUAUAUUUUAGUAUAUUCUUUGAAUAUAGAGCAGAACACUUCAGAGCAGUUUUCCCAUUUUUCCUUAUGUACAAAGUGCUGUGUGUCCCUUGGUAACCGCCCCCCUCCCAGUCUGUCCUCACAGCUGGUUUCGUGCGAGACGCCUUUGUUUCCCGGGGCUCCAUCUUGCUAACGCAGCUAAUGAAUCCGGGCCGCUGGAUUGACGCUGAGCACGAUGCCCUGCUGCAGACUGGCCUGAAACAUCGAGUCACUUCUGUCCUCAAAGAUAUGAACGGAAAUGCGGGAGGGACAUUAAAUCAUGCUGCAGAGAGGCUCACAGAAGCGUAUGAGGCCCCCGCCUGGUGCCGAUGGCCAUCUCCCCCACCCUCCCUGAAUGUGAUAUCCAAGAUGGGGAGUAUACCUCAGUGGCUGGCUGGGGCCUGCGCCAGUGAAUUGCAAAGGCACACACACAGAAUGCUGCUUUUAUUAAUUUUCCUGGUGAUUUGCGAAGCUGGAAAUUACUGCAGCUUAAUAAGGUUAAGAGCUGUUAAAAUGAUUUGAGGAAAAUGAUGAAACCAAAGCAAGUUCUGCUGCUGAAGUUACCGUCGACACACCUGGGGUAGUCUAGAUUCUGUGAGACUGCUUAUAAUUUGUAACUGAUUGAAUCAGUCCCUAAACUAACAUCUGAGUCUAAUGAAUUAAUUUGGUGGGUGAACUUAGAUUCUUUCGAAAUAAAGAGUUUUAUCAGUAAAA